AAUUCCGGCUCGCCAAGAUGGCGGCGCCCAGUGCGGAAGCGUGUACUUUGUUGGUUUAAGCCGCUGUCGUGCCGGAAUCAGUGCAGUGGGGACCGUUCGCCAUGUCGCGACUGAUCGUGAAGAACCUCCCAAAUGGGAUAAAGGAGGAACGUUUCAGGCAGCUGUUUACCGCCUUCGGCACGCUGACAGACUGCAGCCUAAAGUUCACCAAAGAUGGCAAGUUCCGGAAGUUUGGCUUUAUCGGCUUCAAGUCUGAGGAAGAGGCCCAAACAGCACUGAACCAUUUCAACAAGAGCUUUAUCGACACGUCUCGGAUCACAGUGGAGUUCUGCAAGUCAUUUGGGGACCCAACAAAGCCCCGAGCCUGGAGCAAACAUGCCCAGAAGCCCAGCCAGCCCACACAACCUUCACAAGACUCUGUUUCCAAAGAAACUAAGAAAGAAGACAAGAAGAAAAAGGGAGCAGGUGACCUAGAGAAGCUGAAGGAAGACAGCGAGUUCCAGGAGUUCCUGUCAGUUCACCAGAGGCGGACACAGGCAGCCACAUGGGCCAACGACACCCUGGCCACCGAGCCCCCAAAGGGGAAGAGCAAGCCGGCCUCCGACUACCUGAACUUCGACUCUGACUCAGGGCAGGAGAGUGAGAAGGAGGAGGGAGCCGGGGAGGACUUGGAAGAGGAGGAAGCCCUGGAGCCGAGGGCAGCUGUGCAGAAGGGGCUGUCAGACAUGGAUUACCUGAAGUCCAAGAUGGUGGAGGCCGAGUCAUCGUCUUCCUCUGAGGAGGAGGAGGAGAGUGAAGACGAAGCGGUGAACUGUGACACAGAGAGUGGGGACGAGGACGGGGAGCCCUUGGCCACUCCAGCCCAGCAGGAAAUCGGGAGGAAGGGAGCUGGCGGAGAGCGAGAGGCCCUGGCUGGGAAUCAGCAGCCACAGGGGGCCAAAGCCCAGGUGGAGAAACCAGCAAACCCCAAGGAACCCACCACCCCUCACACUGUGAAGCUGCGGGGAGCCCCGUUCACUGUCACAGAGAAAAACGUUCUGGAAUUCCUGGCGCCUCUGAAACCAGUGGCCAUUCGAAUAGUGAGGAACACUCAUGGGAACAAGACAGGUUACGUCUUUGUGGAUUUCAGCAGCGAAGAGGACGUGAAGAAGGCUCUGAAGUGCCACAGGGAGUACAUGGGUGGACGCUACAUCGAGGUGUUCAGAGAAAAGAGCGCCCCCACGGCCAAGGGGCCCCUGAAGAGCAGCGCCAAGCCCUGGCAAGGCCGGACUCUCGGGGAGAACGAAGAGGAAGAGGACCUGGCCGACUCCGGGCGGGUUUUCGUGCGGAAUCUGCCCUACACCAGCACCGAGGAGGACCUGGAGAAGCUCUUCUCCAAGUUCGGUCCCCUGUCUGAGCUCUACUGCCCCAUUGACAGUCUGACCAAGAGGCCUAAAGGCUUUGCCUUCGUCACCUUCAUGUUCCCCGAGCACGCGGUGAAGGCCUACGCGGAGGUGGACGGGCAGGUGUUCCAGGGCCGGAUGCUCCACGUGUUACCAUCUACCAUCAAGAAGGAAGCCAGUGAGGACACCGAUGCCACAGGGUUGUCGUCUUAUAAGAAGAAGAAGGAGAGCAAGGACAAAGCCAACAGCUCCAGCUCUCACAACUGGAACACGCUGUUCAUGGGGCCGAAUGCCGUGGCCGAGGCCGUCGCACAGAAGUACAACGCCACCAAGAGUCAAGUGUUUGACCACGAGACCAAGGGCAGCGUGGCCGUGCGCAUGGCCCUCGGGGAGACCCAGCUCGUCCAGGAAGUGCGGCGCUUCCUCAUCGACCACGGGGUCAGUCUGGACUCCUUCAGCCAGCCCGCAGCGGAACGAAGCAAGACUGUGAUUCUGGCGAAGAACCUCCCGGCAGGUACACUGGCAGCUGAGCUGCAGGAGCUCUUCGGCCGCUUCGGGAGCCUGGGCCGCGUGCUGCUGCCUGAGGGUGGCAUCACCGCCAUCGUGGAGUUCCAGGAGCCCCUGGAGGCCCGCAAGGCCUUCACACAUCUGGCUUAUUCCAAGUUUCAUCACGUCCCCCUGUAUCUGGAAUGGGCUCCAAUGGGCGUCUUCUCCAGCUCAGCCCCGCAGAACAAAGAGCCCAGAGAUGUGGAACGGGACAAGGCAGAGCCAGAAACCGCCCCUGCACCAGACAGCAAGACACCAGAAGGUGACAAGUCAACAGAGGAGGGAGCACACAGCCCUGCAGCAAAGACGGAAGAGGAGGAGGAGGAGGAGGAGGAGGAUGAAGAUGAGAGCCUUCCAGGGUGCACUCUCUUUAUUAAGAACCUCAACUUUGACACAACGGAGGAGACUCUGAAGGAAGUGUUUUCCAAAGUGGGAAUGGUGAAGAGCUGCUCCGUUUCCAAGAAGAAGAACAAAGCAGGAGCGCUGCUUUCCAUGGGGUUUGGAUUCGUGGAGUACAAGAAGCCAGAGCAAGCCCAGAAAGCCCUCAAGCAGCUCCAGGGUCACGUCGUGGAUGGCCACAAGCUGGAAGUGAGGAUUUCGGAAAGAGCCAUCCGGCCAGCCAUGACAUCUGCUCGCAAGAAACAAGUUCCCCGAAAGCAGACAACCUCCAAGAUCCUGGUACGGAACAUCCCUUUCCAGGCCAACAGCCGGGAGAUCCGAGAGCUCUUCAGCACUUUUGGGGAGCUGAAGACGGUCCGCUUGCCAAAGAAGAUGACGGGGACGGGCACUCACAGAGGGUUUGGCUUCGUUGACUUCCUCACCAAACAGGAUGCCAAGAGAGCCUUCAGCGCCCUGUGUCACAGCACCCACUUGUACGGCCGCAGGCUGGUCCUGGAGUGGGCCGACUCGGAGGUGACCGUGCAGGCCCUGCGGCGGAAGACAGCUGAGCGCUUUCAUGAGCCCCUGAAGAAAAAGCGGUCUGUGGUGUUGGACGAGAUCCUGGAGCAGCUGGAAGACAGUGAAAACGACAGCGAGUAGCAAACCCUUCAGCUGCGCCUGGCACUGCGAGGGUCCUUGACUGAUGGUGCUCACUGGGGCAGGAGAAAGACAGCUGCUUUUGGGGAGCAGAGGGGAGGGUGUGCCUUCCACCCUGUGUACCCCGACAUUUACCGUGGAGACACCUCCUGCCUCGUCAGACUCUGAGAAGGAAGCCAGACUCUCCCCAUCCCAGCGCCACACCGGACCCCGCCCCAGCGGAGGCCAGGCCUGCGCAGCACUCAGGAUUUCUUCCCCAAAGGAGCAAAGUGAUUUUCAGACCCCAAGUGAGCAGUGGCCUGUGAAUGAGAACUCUGAGUCCCGGUCUCUGAAGAAUCACUCUCUCCACUCCCGCGUGGUUUUUAAUACUUCUUUUUCUGUUAUAUGGUGAAAUAUAUAUAUACAUAUAUAUUGGAUUUUUCUUUCUAAAUCCAAAACCAAAAAGUCUUUUAAACUUCAUACCCAGAACAGUCAUCUGUGCAGGCUUUUUCCUCACUGACAAGAAGGAGGGCGAAAAUCGCAGUCCCAGGCGUGCUCUCAUUGUUGAUCUCGGGAAGAUAAGUCCCUUCCACGGCUGCCACAAGCCCCUCUCCACCCCCCUUUUCCCUCCCCCUAUUCAGGAGAACGUUUGCUUUUCAUCCUCAUCCCUGGCUACAUAUGUACAUGGCUGAUAAAAUAUUCCACCUCACCCCUUCUCCCCUUGAGACCCACCGUCCUACAGGGAAAGGGUUUGUAUGACAGCGACCGCGACAGACUGCGUGUCACCCGGAAACCACGGCAGGGUGGCGGCUCUUCCCUGCCUCUCUUUAUUCAGAUUCCCGCUUCUGAUUUUGAUGGCGCCGCUGGAGAGAAAAGGCCUGGGCUUCUCCAUGGGCUCCAGCCGCGGCCCAGCCGGUCGCCCGCCUGUCCUUGAGAGGGAAGAUGCUACCGAGGUUACGAUGCUCCCUGGCACACGUCCACUUCCCAAGGACUUCACCCGGGGCCACCCAGACAGGCCGGGAGGUGGAACCCGUGCCUUCUGCAGGGUCGGCAGUGUUUGCGUUUUACACGGCCGGCUCCCUGGACUCCACGCCAAGGUGACCUGCCAGGGAUACAAACGGAUGAGCACGCCCUUCUUGGACCCAGCUCGGAAGCUGGGGCCAGAACUCAUGGCCAGAGAAGAAUUUGAGUGGGAGGAGGUCUUCCAGAACGCAAACGUGGAUGGAUGGAGAGAACCCAGCCCUCAGAAGGGGCUGGGCUUUGUGCAUGGAAAGGAGAAUGUCACGCUGCUCGAAAUUGUCCAUGAAGCAGAGACAACGAGUGGUCGGGGGCCUGCCUAGACGGGCACCAGAAGCCAUCCCAGACGGUGCCUUCGAGGGGGCCGGCUGCUGCUUCUCUCUCCACCCACCUGACUCCCUCAUGUCUCCUGUGUAGCCGGCAGUCACCAACUCCAGAAUAUUCCAGAGGCAAAAGAUGGGGCAAACGAAGGUUUGCAUGGGCAGGCAGAGAUGUCCUUCCCCAAGCUCCUUUAUAACCUCCUAUUACAAAAAGCAGCGUCUCAGAUGGUCUGUUCUGGAGUCCACAGGAGCAGAAAGCUGCCCCCACAGCUGCAUCACCUCUUCCAAAGGCCAUCGACUCAGUAGCACAGACAUUUACCAAGCUCCAUGAUGGGCCAGCACAGACCUAGCACAGAAGCAAGCACAGAGCCUGGGCUUAAAGGAACUGAAAAUCCAGCGGGGCAUGGGGUUGAUAAGACAAGAAUGAAUCGACUAAAGGCCAUGUGGGUGGUGCAGAGUCUCCCGAAAGUUUAGAAGGAGGUGGGGUUCAGACAUGGCUGCAACAGUAAUUUAGAAAGCACCAUGAGGUGUCUGGUGCAGGGAUGGCAAAGAUGAGAGAGGUGGCCCCUGGCCUUGAAGGGCUGAGGUUUAGUAGGAGGAAAUCAUCUUUACAUGGAGAUGACCUCUUAGGAGGGGUGUUGAACUGGAAGUUGCCAGGGUGCAAGAAGGGUCAGCCAUGGCGGCCUUUGUGGGCAAGUGACUCCAUGUGCACCGCCACCCCGCUAGCAAGGCCGGGCUGUCUUCAGGCCGAGCCAGUUGCAGACAGAGGUACACGUGGGCACUGUGUGUUCAAGGUUGUGUGAGCUGCCAACACAUGGGCCUAAAAAUAAGCCCACCACUGUAAAUGAUUAAUUCCAUUAUGUGUCCAUUGACACUGUCCAUCUCCAGCCAUGCAGGCCUCGAAGCGAGGUAUGAAGCAAAAAGACUGACAGCAGGAAUGAAAGAGCAUAUUUUUUUAAUACCUUGAUACUCCUUACUUAUUAUUAUUAUUAGACUAUUUUUUAGAGAAGUUUUAGGUUUACAGAAAAAUUGAGCAGGAAGUACAGCGCGUUCCCUGGUACCCCUUCUCCCCGACCAAAUAGUUUCGCCUUUUAUUAAUACCUUGUGUGCAUGUGGUACGUUUGUUACAGUUGAUGAACCAAUAUUGCUGUAUUAUCAAUAAGUAAAGUCCAGAGCUUACAUGAGGGUUCACUCUUUGUCUUGUACGUUUCUGUGGGUUUUGACAAAUGCAUAUUGUCAUGUAUCCACCUUAACAGUCUCACACAGAAUAGUCUCACUGCCCUUAACAUGCUGUGCUCAUCCCCACCCCAACCUGCUCACUGUCUUUAUGGUUUUGCCUUUUCCAGAAUGUCACAUGGUUGCAAUCAGACAGUAUGUUGCCUUUUCAGCCUGGCUUCUUUUACUUGGCAACAUGCAUUUAAAGUUCCUCCGUGUCUUUUUGUGGCUUGACAGCUCAUUUCUUUUUAUUGUUGGAUAAUAUCCCAUUGUUUGGGAGUGUGUCUGUGUGUGUGCAGAAAUUUCACUCCUAACAAGAGUGCUUUAAAUAA